GAGAACUGUAAUGUUGCAUUUAGUGUAUGACUUCACAUUUGCAAAGGAUCCAGAUCGUUCCUUCUCUGUCCAGAGGAAAUGUCACUGAAUGUGUGAGAUUUAAAGAUACUCAUCCCUGCUUUUCUAUGAUCGCAUGUGAGGUUAUAUACUCAUUACUUGAAAUCUCAAGUCUGUUAUUUCAGAACUGGCAGGCUGAGUGGAGGUUGUAUAGCAGUAAUGCACAUUCCAGCUGUCAGAAGCACCUGUUGGUUUGUGGGAGCAGUGGAAAGAGUUCUGUGUUGGAAAGUCUUGUGGGAAGGGAUCUGCUCCCACGAGGUACGGGAGUUGUCACCCGGAGACCCCUUAUUCUGCAGCUGGUUCAUGUUUCCCCAGAGGAUGGUCGGAAAGGAGCUGGAGAUGAAAAUGACCCUGCUACAUGGAAAAAUCCAAGACACCUUUCUAAAGAGGUAGAUGCUGCAGAAUGGGGUAAAUUUCUUCAUACCAAAAAUAAGAUCUAUACAGAUUUUGAUGAAAUUCGUCAGGAAAUAGAAAAUGAAACGGAGAGGAUUUCAGGAAAUAAUAAGGGGAUCAGUCCUGAACCUAUUCAUCUUAAGAUUUUUUCAGCUAAUGUUGUGAAUCUGACUCUUGUGGAUUUACCUGGAAUGACAAAGGUGCCUGUUGGUGAUCAGCCUAAGGACAUUGAACUUCAAAUAAGAGAGCUAAUCCUUCAGUUCAUCAGCAACCCAAACUCGAUUAUUCUGGCAGUCACAGCCGCUAACACAGACAUGGCCACCUCAGAAGCACUUAAAAUAGCACGUGAGGUGGAUCCAGAUGGUCGAAGAACCCUUGCUGUUAUCACAAAGCUGGAUCUCAUGGAUGCUGGCACUGAUGCUAUGGAUGUCCUCAUGGGAAGAGUGAUUCCAGUCAAACUUGGCAUCAUUGGAGUAGUGAAUAGGAGUCAGUUGGACAUUAACAACAAGAAGAGUGUGGCUGAUUCCAUUCGUGAUGAGUAUGGUUUUCUCCAAAAGAAGUACCCUUCCCUAGCCAACCGAAACGGAACCAAGUAUCUUGCUAGAACACUGAACAGACUACUGAUGCAUCAUAUCAGGGAUUGCUUGCCAGAACUGAAAACCAGAAUUAAUGUUUUAGCUGCUCAGUACCAGUCUCUACUGAACAGCUAUGGGGAACCCGUUGAAGACAAAAGUGCUACUUUAUUGCAGCUUAUUACCAAAUUUGCCACAGAAUAUUGUAACACUAUUGAAGGAACAGCAAAGUACAUCGAGACUUCAGAGCUAUGUGGUGGAGCCAGAAUCUGCUAUAUUUUUCAUGAGACCUUUGGAAGAACUUUGGAAUCUGUUGACCCGCUGGGUGGCCUUAAUACAAUUGAUAUUCUGACUGCCAUUAGAAAUGCUACUGGUCCCCGUCCUGCCUUGUUUGUUCCUGAAGUUUCAUUUGAGUUGCUGGUAAAAAGGCAAAUCAAACGUUUAGAAGAGCCCAGCCUGCGCUGUGUGGAGCUGGUUCAUGAAGAAAUGCAGAGGAUUAUCCAGCAUUGUAGUAAUUACAGUACCCAGGAGUUACUGAGGUUUCCUAAAUUGCACGAUGCCAUAGUCGAAGUAGUAACCUGUCUUUUGCGUAGAAGACUUCCUGUCACAAAUGAAAUGGUUCAUAAUCUCGUGGCCAUUGAGUUAGCUUAUAUCAAUACCAAGCAUCCAGACUUUGCUGAUGCCUGUGGUUUAAUGAAUAACAACAUAGAGGAACAAAGGCGAAACAGGUUAGCUCGGGAAUUGCCUUCUGCUGUGCCACGAGACAAGUCUACUAAGGCUCCAGGUGCAUUGCCACCUGCUUCCCAGGAGACUGUUACUGCUGCUUCUGCUGAGGCUGAUGGCAAGGCUGCUCCUGGAGCAGCAGAUACAUCUCAGGAGCCUGGGACAGGCAACUGGAGAGGAAUGCUGAAACCCUCAAAAGCAGAAGAGGUAUCAGCAGAGGAAAAAUCCAAGCCAGCUGCAGCCCUACCUGCUAGUCCUCAAAAAGGACAUGCUGUAAACCUGUUAGAUGUGCCUGUACCUGUUGCACGCAAACUUUCUGCCCGUGAGCAACGAGAUUGUGAAGUGAUUGAACGACUUAUUAAAUCCUACUUCCUUAUUGUCAGGAAGAACAUUCAGGACAGUGUGCCAAAGGCAGUGAUGCAUUUUCUAGUGAACCACGUGAAGGACACUCUUCAGAGUGAGCUGGUAGGCCAGCUGUAUAAAUCCUUGUUGUUGGAUGACCUUCUGACGGAAUCAGAGGACAUGGCACAGCGCAGAAAAGAGGCAGCUGACAUGCUAAAGGCCCUGCAGCGAGCCAGCCAGAUCAUUGCAGAGAUUCGUGAGACACAUCUUUGGUGAAGACUGUAUCAGCCACACUAUUUAUAUGCAUUGGAGGUUACAUUGGCUUGAAAAUUGCUAGGCAUGGUAUACGGAGUAGAAUUUUUAUUUAUGAACUCUUAUCUGUGUACUGCAACUGUGUAAAUCUGCUCAUGUAAAGACAGUUGGUUUGAUUUGCAAACAGGAAAAUAUGCUGUAUUUUGCAAAAGAAGUCGUAUUUAAUCCACAUAAUAAAUGGCUCUAAAUGUUUCCUUACCAGCUUUCUGGUGCAAAUUAAAGCAGACCAAGUCUUCUGUCUCAGUGACAGUCUCAUUUGAACUUGGGGAAAAAACGUUCAAGUUCCAGUGCCUGACUUGCUAAACAGGUUGCCUGUGGUUAAGACGGCCGGUGUAGUCUUGUGGCAUAGUUUUAAGCUGCUUUUACAAUAGAAGUUUAAAUACUGUGAAGAGAAGAAAGCACCGAGUAUUUCCUUUCAUGAAUAUAUUGCAUGCACUGUGACAGAUGGAGGUAUCAAUUUUAUAGCACAGUAGACAUGUCGACUGUAUUACUAUGUAUGUGUGUCCACAUUAUUUUUCUCCCCCAAAUGUUUAAACUGCAGACAAAACGUUGAACUUGAUUUAAUGGAGUAUCAUGUAGGAAGAAUUAGCCUGGAGCUUGUGAACAAUAGCAGCCUGCUAAAAAGUGGGUGCAAAGGUUUUCAUGUGCACUGGAGCUUGUGUAUGAAUGCUGGGGAUUAUAAUCAGGUACAAGGACAUCUCCCCCUUCCUCCCCCCUGGGACCAAGCCCCUGGACCAUCCCAUAGUAAAUUUGUUCUGGCAGAACUGAAAAAUAAAAACGGAUUUCAAAACUGUAAUGGGAUAAUAAGUGUUUCUUUCAAAAACAGAUUUAAGUUGGCCAGGGAGAAGGGGAUCCCCACAACUUCUUUGAAUUUUGGAAUGUAUGACAGUAUGAAAGAAAGUCUGUGGAAUUGGAAUAUUUAUACCAGAGAUUAGAGUUGCUUUUGAGGAAAUUUUAUUGUGCUGUAAGUAGCGCUUUUUUUUUUUUUUUUUUUUUUGGUCGACAAUCGUAAAAUAAUGAAAUUUUAGGUUGAAAAUUAAGUUGAUUUAUUUUUCUUCUGAUUAUAGUUCAUACAGAUAACUAUUGAUCACACUAGCCUUUAUAAAGUAAACAUUUUAAUUUUUAUGAAUAAAAAUUUAUUUAAACUCCAGCCAGCGCACUUGCAUGUACUUUUCAAGCAGAUUCACUCUUUUUGUAUAAAGUGAAAAUGUUUACUCUAGUGUUGCUGAUAUUUUAUCUUUAACACAACUUGCAUGAAAAAUAGGACACUGCCCUUAACCUCCAUGGCUUUGUGGUACUGGGCCAGUAUAAUGAGGUUUUUUUAUUACCAAAUGCACUUCCUUCUGCCUUUAAUCAGUUAGAAAUGGAAUUCCUUUUGUAAGCUGCUAAAGAUUGAAAAUUUAAAAAUUCAGUUUACAAGAAGCUGUUUAAAAAUGCAUUUUUCUCAUGGUAAUCUUCAGUUUUACAUCAAUAUAAGCACAAGUCUGGCAGGUGCAACUUUUGGAUACUUUAUGUAUAAUCUGAGAUAAUUCACGCAGAACACAGAAAUAUAUAAUGUAUUUUUAAACAGCCUAAAAAGUCACGGUGUAUGUAUUACAUGUAAUGAAUACAAAGCAAGUAAUUUUAACUUCUUGCAUUGUGUGCAGGGAUGGUAGUUCUCAGAUUUAAGAAAUGUGACUGAAGUGCAAACCACUUUUGUAAUCAGCUUUGGUGAUCAGUGGAAAGUUUUAAUAGUUUUGUCAAAAGCAUUUCAUUUCUGUUUGGAAUUCACCUGACACCUCUAUUACCUUUUACUUUCAACACAUAAGAAGUAUGUUUUCAACAAGGUAGUGCCGUCCAUAAGUGAACUGCUACCUAAGCUUUAACUCCCAAAGUUCAGUCAACAGUCUCUUGUGAAGAAGUAAUCUGACUUGUAAGUUUUGAAAUGCUGCCUAAAGCAAAUGAAUUUGAUUUAUUUAAGAAAUUCUUGCAAGUGAUAACCUGGCUCUGUAAUGUCAUGUAAAAUUUCCACAGUGUAAAUUUGGUUUCUGAAAUGUUACAACUUCUUUUGUUUUAAAUUUCACAAAAAGUUUCAAUUGGGUAAUGUUUUGAGUGCCAAGAAAUGAACUUGAUUUGUAAUCCUUAAUGCAAGUCUUUGAAAGUCCAUGCUGUAACAAUCCUGUUAUUUAAUAAACAGAUAACACACAAAAUGAA